AUGGCGAGCUUCAGGGUCGCCGACGCGUCGGAGUACCUGGCCAUCACGGGCUGGGGCAUCGACGACGUGAAGCUGGCGAAGAAGGCGUGGGUGUUCGUGGGCCAGCAGUGCAAGAAGUUCGACAUCACUCCGGUCAACUACGAGUUCGAGGUGCACGCCAUGAGCUCGGAGAAGCUCCCCUUCAUCCUGCCCGCCGUCUUCACCAUCGGGCCCAAGAUCAGCGACGACGGCAGCCACGGAGCCUCCCUGCUGCUCUACGCCAAGCUCAUCGCGCCGCACGACAAGAACUCGUCCCACGUCCGCGAGCUCGUCAGGGGCGUCAUCGAGGGCGAGACGCGCGUGCUGGCGGCGUCCAUGACCAUGGAGCAGAUCUUCCAGGGCACCAAGUCGUUCAAGCAGGCGGUGUUCGAGAACGUGCAGCUGGAGCUCAACCAGUUCGGCCUCUACAUCUACAACGCCAAUGUCAAGCAGCUCGUCGACGUGCCCGGGCAGGAGUACUUCUCGUACCUGGGACAGAAGACGCAGCAGGGCGCGGUGAACCAGGCCAAGGUCGACGUCGCCGAGGCGAGGAUGUUGGGCGCCGUCGGCGCCAAGGAGCGCGAGGGCACGACGCUGCAGAAGGCUGCCGAGGUCGACGCGCAGACCAAGGUCUUCAGGGUGCGACAGGAGGCCAUCGGGAUCAAGGAACAGGCCAAGGUGGAGGCCGAGGUCAAGGUGUUCGAGAACGAGAGGGAGGCCGUCGUCGCCGCCGCCAAGGCGGAUCUCGCCACCAAGAAGGCGGCGUGGGACAGACAGACCAAGGUCGCCGAGGUCGAGGCUUCCAAGGCCGUCGCCAUACGAGAGGCCGAGCUCCAGAUGGAGGUGGAGCAGAAGAACGCGCUGCGCCUCACCGAAAAGCUGAAGGCGGAGCAGCUCAGCAAGGCUACGGUGCAGUACGACGUGCAGGUCCAAGACUCUAACGCCGCGCUCUACAGCCGGCAGAAGGCCGCGGAGGCCAAGCUGUACGAGCAGCAGAAGGCCGCGGAGGCCCGCAAGGCGCAGGCGGACGCCCAGUUCUUCGAGCAGAAGCUGGCCGAGGACGCCAAGCUGUACGCCAAGCAGAAGGAGGCGGAGUCGCUGGCCACGGUGGGCAAGGCGAAGGCGGACUACGUGGCGGCGAUGCUGCAGGCGCUGGGCGGCAACUACCACGCGCUCCGCGACUAUCUGAUGAUCGACGGAGGCCUGUACCAGGAAAUGGCACGCAUCAACGCCAGCGCCGUGAGCGGGAUGCAGCCCAAGAUAAGCAUCUGGACCGGCGCGGACGGCGCGGGCGCGGGCGGUGACGUCGGCGCCAGCAGCGGCGGCGGCGCCGCGAUGCAGCAGGUGCCCGGCGUCUACAAGAUGCUCCCGCCGCUGCUCUCGACGGUGCACGAGCAGACGGGGAUGCUCCCGCCGGCGUGGAUGGGCGCGCUGCCCAAGGACGAGGCCAACUGA